GAAGAAACUGAAGUGAAAAGAAGUGACUGAAAAAGAAAUUAAGGAACGAUUUGAAGGAACAGAUUCAUUUCUUAACAAGAUCAAAUUUGAAUUAAAUGGCUGAUAAACAGAUCAGUUUACCUGCCAAGCUGAUCAAUGGAGGGAUAGCUGGGCUGAUCGGGGUCACCUGUGUAUUUCCCAUUGACCUGGCAAAAACUCGCCUGCAGAACCAGCAGAAUGGCCAGCGGAUGUACACCAGCAUGUCUGACUGCCUCAUUAAAACAAUUCGGUCGGAAGGCUACUUUGGCAUGUACAGAGGGGCUGCAGUGAACCUGACUCUAGUGACACCAGAAAAGGCUAUCAAACUAGCAGCCAAUGACUUCUUCCGGCAUCACCUCUCCAAAGAUGGGAAAAAGCUGACACUGCUGAGGGAGAUGCUGGCGGGUUGCGGUGCAGGUACCUGCCAGGUGAUUGUCACCACUCCCAUGGAGAUGCUCAAAAUCCAGCUGCAGGACGCAGGGCGAAUUGCGGCACAGAAGAAGCUGAUGGCAGCGCAGGCGCAGCUCUCCUCUUCCUCUGUGGUGGGGGCGGCAGAGCCAGCGGUGGAAACACGCACCACAGCAAUGCAGAUAACGAGGGAGCUGCUGCGGAGCAAAGGCAUCACAGGACUCUACAAGGGCCUCGGAGCCACGCUGCUAAGGGAUGUCCCGUUCUCCAUCGUUUACUUCCCGCUGUUUGCAAACCUGAACAAGCUGGGCCAGAAAGACCCCAAUGUCAAGGCUCCAUUCUAUGUGUCCUUCCUCUCCGGAUGUGUGGCUGGCAGUACGGCUGCGGUGGCUGUCAACCCUUUGGACGUGAUCAAAACGCGGCUGCAGUCCUUGCAGAGAGGAGUAAACGAGGACACCUACUCAGGAAUCCUGGACUGCACCAAGAAGAUCUGGCAGAAGGAAGGGCCCAUGGCCUUCCUGAAAGGGGCGUACUGCCGAGCCCUGGUCAUUGCUCCUCUCUUCGGCAUCGCACAAGUUGUCUACUUCAUCGGCAUUGCGGAGUUCCUGCUGGACAUGCUCCCCAAGCACCAGGCCUAGCCCCGGCGCGCCUGCGUGUGCCCUCCCGCCCUCUGCCACGCCGAAUUCAUCCCCAUGUUUGUCAUCCGUGUCAAUUGGUGUCAGAGCAACAGCACAAAGGGUUCGCGCGGGGACCCCGAGGGGACGUGGUCUCCAGACAAGCAAACAUGGGCGGGGAGAGAGUCCCUUUUCUGUCCUGGUCUGGAACCUGUCCCCUCCUGCUCCUUCCACGGACAAUACCUAAUUAUGCAUUAUUUUUUUUCUUUCCUUCUUUUUGUUUUUAAAUUGUCAUUUUUAAGGACGCUGGUAAGCACAGACUGGGCUUGCAGACCCAGAAGUCUCUUCCCAGCCUUGGGGAGGAAGAGGGGUGGGAAAGAAAUAACCUGAACCCUUAUCCACCCCAGUCCCCCUCUUUCUUCCUGGAGUUGCCAGCUAUCUGAGGAGGAGCUGGAGGGGCAGCUGUGUCCCCUCAGUCCCACCUCAGCUCUGCUGGCCCUGGGUC